CCAGGAUGUCUGGCUCUAGAAAUGCUGAGUCGACUGUCAGGAUUAGCAAAUGUUGUUUUACAUGAAUUAUCAGGAGAUGACACUGAUGAGAAUAUGAGGGCUUCCUUAGAACCUGAAUUGCCCCAAGAAUCUGACAUGGAAUUUAAUGAUAGAACACAAGAGGAUGUUCUGGAGCGCCUGGCUAAUGUAGAACAGUUGGUGGUGGAACUAAAAGAAAUCAUUAGACAGAAGGAUGCUGAAUUGCAGCAGAAGGAUGAAGUUCUACAGGAAGAAAGAAAAGCUGCUGAUAACAAAAUAAAAAAGCUAAAACUUCAUGCUAAAGCCAAAUUAACUUCUUUGAAUAAACACAUAGAAGAGAUGAAGGCACAAGGAGGGACUGUUGUGUCCACAGAACCUCAGUCAGAGGAGCACCUCUCCAAGCAUGACAAGAGUUCUACAGAAGAAGAGAGAGAAGUAGAAAAGAUAAAACAUAAGCUCCAGGAGAAGGAGGAACUAAUUACCAGUUUGCAAGCCCAACUUUCCCAGGCACAAGCAAACCAAGCUACACAGUCUGCUAAGAGUUCAACAGAGAUGGAAGAAUUUUUAAUGAUGAAGCAGCAGCUCCAAGAGAAGGAGGAACUCGUUAGCACUUUGCAAGCCCAGCUUAGCCAGACGCAGGCCGAGCAAGCCGCUCAGUUGAGUUCCAUGCAGCAGGUGGUCCGAGAGAAAGAUGCCCGCUUUGAGACACAAGUUCGUCUUCAUGAAGAUGAGCUUCUUCAGUUAGUAACCCAGGCAGAUGUGGAAACAGAGAUGCAACAGAAAUUAAGGGUGCUGCAGAGGAAGCUUGAGGAGCAUGAAGAAGCCUUGCUGGGCCGCACUCAGGUUGUGGACCUGCUGCAGCAGGAGCUGACCGCUGCUGAACAGAGAAACCAGAUUCUCUCUCAGCAAUUGCAACAGAUGGAAGCUGAGCUGAGCACUUUAAGGAACACUAUAGAAACAGAAAGACAGGAGUCCAAGGUUCUGAUGGAAAAGAUGGAACUAGAAGUGGCAGAGAGAAAACUAUCUUUCCAUAACCUGCAGGAAGAAAUGCAUCAUCUUCUUGAACAGCUUGAACAAGCAGGUCAAGCCCAGGCUGAACUGCAGUCCCAGCACAGUGCUUUGGAACAGAAGCACAGUGCAGAAAUGGAAGAGAAGGCCUCUCACAUUUUGAGCCUUCAAAAAUCUGAGCAAGAGCUGCACUCUGCCUGUGAUGCCCUCAAGGAUCAAAAUUCAAAACUUCUCCAAGAUAAAAAUGAACAGGCAGCUCAUUCAGCCCAGGUCAUUCAGCAGCUGGAAGAUCAACUCCAGCAAAAAUCCGAAGAAAUUAACCGAUUUCUAAAUAAGCCACCAUUGCUAAAACAUGAAACAGCAUCUCAGACUUGUUCGCCAGAUGUUUCUCAUGAGGGCACACAGGCAGUCACUGAAGAGAUUAUUGCCUUUUUGCAGAAGAGAGUGGUAGAACUAGAGAAUGAAAAGGGAGCCUUGCUCCUUAAUUCUGUAGAGCUGGAGGAGCUGAAAGCUGAGAAUGAAAAACUGUCCUCUCAGAUUACUCUCCUGGAGUCUCAGAAGAGAACUGGAGAGGUAGAUAGAGAAGUCCAUGAGGUGAGCAUGGUUGGUAUUACCAGGCUCAACAAAAGCAGUUUUUCUGCUGAGGAAAGUGGACAAGAUGCCCUGGAGAACACAUUUACUCAGAAGCAUAAAGAACUAUCUGUUUUAUUGCUGGAAAUGAAAGAAGCUCAAGAGGAGAUUGCAUUUCUUAAGUUGCAGCUUCAAGGCAAAAGGGCAGAAGGUGACCCUGAGUUCCUUGAUCAGAAAGAAAUGAAACAGAUAGAGAGUGAAGGAAUACCUCCAGUUAAAAUGACAGUGUUGCUUGAAGAUACAGGGCAGCAUUUUCCACCGAUGCCAGAUAAAGAGAGCAGUCUCACAACAACUGAGAAAGAAGAGCAGAUGAGCCCCGAAGACCAGCAUAGACCAUCUGAGGAAAUAUCUUUAAACAGCACUGGAGUGAAAUUAAAAUCAGCCAAGCAGGAAAAUGAUGAUAAACCCUCUUCUGCUGUCCCAGGUAUUUGUCAGUGUCACCAGGAUGAAUUGGAAAGACUAAAAGGUCAAGUUUUGGAGCUUGAGGUAAACCUUCAUAAAGCAGAAGAAAUCUAUGAGAAAAAUUUAGAUGAGAAAGCUAAGGAAAUAGUCAUCCUAACCCAGCUGAUUGAAGAGUUUAAGAAAAAUGCUGAAAACACCAACAAUGCUUUCACUGCUUUGUCUGAAGAAAGAGACCAGCUUCUUGCUCAGGUGAAGGAACUUUGUGUGGUAACGGAACUGAGGGCUCAGGUACAGCAACUAGAAGUGAACCUUGCAGAAGCAGAAAGGCAAAGAAGACUCGACUAUGAAAGUCAGACUGCUCAUCACGACUUGCUCACUGAACAGAUCCACAGCCUCACCAUAGAAGCCAAAUCUAAAGAUGUGAAGAUUGAAGUUUUACAGAAUGAACUAGAUGGUGUGCAGGUUCAGUUUUCUGAGCAGAGUACUUUGAUCAAAAGCCUGCAGAGCCAGCUGCAAAGGAAGGAAAGUGAAGUGCUUGAGGGGGCAGAACGUGAGAGGGAGGUCUCAAGUAAGGUAGAAGAACUUUCACAGGCUCUUUCACAGAAGGAACUUGAAAUAGCAAAAAUGGAUCAACUUUUACUAGAAAAAAAGAAAGAUGUAGAAAUACUCCAACAGACCAUUGAAGAGAAGGAUCAGCAAGUGACAGAAAUCAGCUUUAGUAUGACAGAGAAAAUGGUUCAGCUUAAUGAAGAGAAAUUUUCUCUUGGGGUUGAAAUAAAGACUCUUAAAGAACAGCUGAAUUUGUUAUCCAGAGCUGAAGAGACCAAAAAAGAGCAGAUGGAAGAAGAUAAAGAAAUUGUUUCCAGCAUUAAACAGAAUUAUGAUGAGUUGAGCCCAGCAGGGCUAAUAAGUAAAGAAGAACUUCAGCGUGAAUUAGACCUUGUAAAGAAAGAAAGUGAGCAGAGAAAGAGAAAGCUCCAGGCUGCUCUUAUUAAUAGAAAGGAACUUUUACAGAAAGUUAGUAGAUUAGAAGAGGAAUUGGCCAAAGUGAAAGAUGAACCCAGCAAAGAGAUCCUACUCCAUGAGAGUGAGAGGAGGGAAGUGGAGGAAGAUAAAGAAAGCAAAGAAGACUUAGAAAAAUGUGUGACUUCUAAGUGCCAAGAAAUAGAAAUGUCUUUAAAACAGAUAAUAUCUGAGAAGGAAAUGGAACUAGACCACAUUAGGAAGGAUUUGGAAGAAAAGGCAGCAAUAGAAGAACAGUUACAGGCUGUGGUCAAACAGAUGAAUCAGAAUUUGCAGGAGAAGACAAACCAGAUAGAUCUGCUCCAAGCAGAAGUCAUUGAAAACCAAGCAAUUAUCCAAAAGUUAACCACAGGUAACAAGGAUGCAGGUGAUGGAGACUCAGCAGCACCUGUAAAAGAAGCAGUGGCCAUCAGUCCACUUGGUGAAGCUGGUGGAGAACACUGGAAACCAGAACUGGAAGAAAAAAUAGUGGACCUUGAAAAAGAAAAGGAGCAACUUCAAAAAAAGCUACAGGAAGUAUUAACUUCUCGCAAGGUGAUUCUAAAAAAGGCACAGGAGAAAGAAAGACAUCUUAGGGAGGAGCUAAAGCAACAGAAGGAUGACUAUAAUCGCUUGCAAGAACAGUUUGAUGAGCAAAGCAAGGAAAAUGAGAACAUUGGGGACCAACUAAAACAACUGCAGAUUCAAAUACAGGAAUCUAUGGACAGAAAACUCCCAGGCAGUGGCCAGCAGGAACCAGGCUCUCCCACUCAAGGUUUAGAAGAACCUUUAUUCAAAGCCACAAAACAGCAGCCUGUUCAAUCUGUUUCAGAGUCUGACUUGUACCCAGACUGUCCUCAUCUUGGAGAUACAAAUGCUCUGCAGGGCAGUACUGCUAUUGCCCAGAUUAAGACCCAGCUGAAAGAAAUAGAGGCUGAGAAAGAAGAGUUAGAGUUAAAGGUUAACUCUACAAUAAAUGAGCUGACUAAAAAAUCAGAAGAGGUAUUUCAGUUACAAGAGCAGAUAAAUAAACAGGAUUUAGAAAUCCAAAGUCUGAAGGCAGAGUCCUGUGAAGCUGAAGCCUACGCAGAAACCCUGAGGCAAAAACUGGAAAGCAGUCAACUAGAGAUCGCUGGACUAGAGCAGUUAAGAGAAUUGAAGCCUGAACUAGAUGAACUGCAGAAACUCAUAAGCAAAAAGGACGAAGAAGUUAGGUACCUUUCUGGACUGCUUAGUGAAAAGGAAACAGCCCUUACUAAAGUACAAAUGGAGAUAACAGAAAAAGAGGAUUUAGUAAAGGCACUGCAUACACAGCUGGAAAUGCAAGCCAAAGAACAUGAUGAGAAGAUAAAGCAGAUCCAGGUGGAGCUUUGCGAACUGAAGCAGAAACCAGAAGAGACCGGAGAAGAAAGUAAAGCAAAACAGCAAAUACAGAGGAAACUGCAAGCUGCACUCAUUUCCCGAAAAGAAGCACUGAAAGAAAACAAAGGUCUCCAGGAGGAGUUGUCUUUGGCCAGAGACACCAUUGAGCAUCUCACUAAGUCUCUGGUAGAUGUGGAAAACCAAGUUUCUGCUCAAAAUAGAGAAAAAGGUGUAUUCUUAGGAAAGUUAGCUCUUCUUCAGGAAGAAAGAGACAAGCUCAUUGCAGAAGUGGACAGAUCUUUAAUGGAAAAUCAAAGUCUCAGUGGUUCUUGUGAAAGUCUGAAAUUAGCACUGGAGGGUCUUACUGAAGACAAGGAAAACUUAAUGAAGGAAAUUGAAUCUUUGAAGUGUUCCAAGAUUGCAGAAAGCACUGAGUGGCAAGAGAAACACCAAGAAUUGCAAAAGGAAUAUGAAAUUCUUCUGCAGUCCUAUGAGAAUGUUAGUAAUGAGGCAGAAAGAAUUCAGCAUGUAGUGGAAACUGUGAGGCAGGAGAAGCAGGAACUUUAUGGCAAGUUAAGAAGCACAGAAGCAAACAAGAAAGAAACAGAAAAGCAGUUGCAGGAAGCUGAACAGGAAAUGGAUGAGAUGAAAGAAAAGAUGAGAAAGUUUGCUAAAUCUAAACAGCAGAAAAUCCUAGAGCUGGAAGAAGAGAAUGAGCGGCUUAGAGCAGAGGUACAUCCUGUAGGAGAUACAUCUAAAGAUAGUAUGGAAGCACUUCUUUCUUCCAAUUCCGACAUGAAGGAGGAGCUGGAAAGUGUCAAAACAGAAUAUAAAACCCUUUCUAAGGAGUUUGAGGCCCUAAAGGCAGAGAAGGACUCUUUAAAUAAAGAGAUUCAACAUUUAAAGCAUCAGAUAGAAGAUAAUGUAUCCAAACAAGCUAGUCUGGAGCCCAUUGAGAGGCAUGACAAACAGAUGGCCGUCACUGAGGAGGCAAUCCCGUCUGCUCCAAGUGAGGCUGAUGAGCAAGACUCCCCAGGUAUGAACACGAGGCCUGAAAAUUUAGAAUCCACUCUAUCAGAGAACAGUGCCAAGCCUGACAUAUGUGAGAAUGUCAGCUUACAUGAUGAAAUUAAUAACUACCUUCAGCAAAUUGAUCAGCUCAAAGAAAGAAUCACUGAAUUAGAGGAAGGCAGGCAGAAAGACAAAGAAUUUAGCCAGAAUUUAGAAAAUGAGAGAGAUACUUUAUUGAGUCGAAUAGCAGCAAAGGAUGGUGAACUAAAAAUGCUUCAGGAAGAAGUAACCAAAAUAAACCUGUUAAAUCAGCAAACCCAAGAAGAACUUGCCAGAGUUACCAAGUUAAAGGAGACAGCAGAAGAAGAGAAAGAUGAUUUGGAAGAGAGGCUUAUGAAUCAAUUAGCAGAACUUAAUGGAAGCAUUGGGAAUUAUUAUCAGGAUGUUACAGAUGCCCAGAUCAAAAACGAGCUACUAGAAUCCGAAAUGCAGAACCUUAAAAAGUGUGUGAGUGAAUUGGAAGAAGAAAAGCAACAGUUAGUCAAGGAGAAAACUAAGGUGGAAUCAGAAAUAAGAAAGGAAUAUAUGGAGAAAAUACAAGGUGCUCAGAAAGGACCUGGAAAUAAAAGCCAUGCGAAGGAACUUCAGGAGCUGCUAAAAGAAAAACAGCAAGAAGUAAAGCAACUGCAGACGGAUUGUAUUAGGUACCAAGAGAAAAUCAGUGCCCUGGAGAGAACUGUUAAGGCUCUGGAAUUUGUUCAGACUGAGUCCCAAAAAGAUUUGGAAAUAACCAAAGAAAAUCUAGCUCAAGCCAAUGAACACCGCAAGAAGGCAGAAUCAGAAUUAGCUAGCUUCAAAGUACUGCUAGAUGACACUCAAAGUGAAGCAGCAAGGGUCCUAGCAGACAAUCUCAAGUUGAAAAAGGAGCUUCAGUCAAAUAAAGAAUCCAUUAAAAGCCAAAUGAAACAAAAGGAUGAAGAUCUUGAGCGAAGACUGGAGCAAGCAGAGGAGAAACACCUGAAAGAGAAGAAGAAUAUGCAAGAGAAACUGGAUGCUUUGCGUAGAGAAAAAGUCCAUUUAGAAGAGACGUUUGGAGAGGUUCAGCUCACUUUGAACAAGAAAGACAAGGAAGUUAAGCAACUUCAGGAAAACCUGGAUAGUACUGUGGCCCAGCUGGCAGCUUUCACUAAGAGCAUGUCUUCCCUUCAGGAUGAUCGGGACAGGGUGAUAGAUGAAGCCAAAAAGUGGGAGAGGAAGUUCAGUGAUGCUAUUCAGACCAAAGAAGAAGAAGUUAGACUUAAAGAGGAGAAUUGCAGCAUUCUAAAGGAUCAGCUUAGGCAGAUGUCCAUCCAUAUGGAGGAACUGAAGAUCAACAUUUCCAGGCUUGAGCAUGACAAACAGAUGUGGGAGUCCAAAGCUCAGACAGAGGUCCAGAUUCAGCAGAAGGUCUGUGAUACUCUGCAAGGAGAAAACAAAGAACUUUUGUCCCAGCUCGAAGAGACUCAAAAUCUAUACCGUAGUUCUCAGGAUGAUUUAGCUAAGUUGGAAUUAGAACUGAAGAUUCUCAGAGACCAGUCAACUGAUUUAAAUAACUCUCUAGAAAAAUUUAAGGAAAAUAAAGAAAAUUUGGAAGGGAUCAUAAAGCAGAAAGAAGCUGAUAUCCAGAAUUGUAAGUUCAGUUAUGAGCAGCUGGAGACUGAUCUUCAGGCCUCCAGGCAACUGACCAAUAGGCUGCAUGAAGAAAUAAACAUGAAGGAGCAAAAGAUUAUAAGCCUGCUUUCUGCCAAGGAACAGGCAGUCCACGUGGCUGUGGCUGAACUGCAUCAGCAGCAUGAUAAAGAAAUUAAAGAACUGGAAAAUCUGCUGUCCCAGGAGGAAGAGGAGAACACUGUCUUAGAAGAGGAGAACAAAAAAGCUGUUGACAGAACCAAUCAGCUUAUGGAAACACUGAAAAACAUGAAAAAGGAGAACAUGCAGCAGAAGGCUCAGUUGAAUUCCUUCGUUAAAUCCAUGUCUUCUCUCCAGGAUGACCGAGACCGCAUAGUCAGUGACUACCAACAGCUGGAAGAACGACAUCUCUCUGUGAUCUUGGAAAAAGACCAACUCAUUCAAGAUGCUGCUACUGAGAAUAAUAAGCUGAAGGAAGAAAUCCGAUGCUUGAGAAGUCAUAUGGAUGACCUUAAUUCUGAGAAUGCCAAGCUCAAUGCAGAGCUGAUCCAGUAUAGAGAAGACCUGAACCAAGUGUUAUCGAAGAAAGACUGUCAGCAAAAGCAGCUCCUUGAAGCUCAGCUUCAGCAGACCAAGGACCUGAAAGGUGAAUAUGCUAAAUUAGAAGCAAAGCUCAAGGAGUCUGAGGAAGCAAGGGGGGAGUUGCAGAGGUCCUCUCUUGCCCUCCAGGAGGAAAAACAAGAUUUAGCUAAAGAGACUGAGAGCUUGAAAGUCUCUCUAUCGCAAUUAAAGAAACAGUUGACAGCCUUGCAAGAAGAAGGUACUCUGGGAAUAUUUCAGGCCCAAUUAAAAGCCAAAGAAGAAGAGGUACAGAAGUUAAGUACUGUCCUUUCUUCCUCUCAGAAGAGAGUUCUAGAACUGGAAGAGGAUUUGGUUCAUGUUCAGAAGGAAGCUGCCAAGAAGGUAGGUGAAAUUGAAGACAAACUGAAGAAAGAAUUAAAGCAUCUUCAUCACGAUGCAGGGAUAAUGCGCAAUGAAACUGAAACAGCAGAAGAGAGGGUGGCGGAGCUAGCGAGAGAUCUGGUGGAGAUGGAACAGAGGUUACUCGUGGUCACCAAAGAAAACAAAGAUCUCACAGCACAAAUCCAGUCCUUUGGAAGGUCAAUGAGUUCCCUACAAAACAGUAGAGAUCAGGCCCAUGAGGAACUUGAGGAACUAAAAAGGAAAUAUGAGGCCAGCCUGAAGGAGUUGGCACAGCUGAGAGAACAGGGCCUCGUAAGCAGGGAGAGAGAUGUUCUUGUUUCUAAAGCUGCAUUUCCAGUGAUUUCCACUGAGGAUAACAUUUUGCCUCACCUUGAGAAACUUAACCAGCAGCUUCUGUCCAAAGAUGAGCAACUGCUUCACUUGUCCUCACAACUGGAAGAUUCUUACAACCAAGUGCAGUCCUUUUCCAAGGCUAUGGCCAGCCUGCAGAAUGAGAGAGAUCGCCUGUUGAGUGAACUGGAGAGAUUCCGCAAGUCAGAGGAUGGGAGGCAGAGGUCUGCAGCCCCACCUACAGCCAGCCCUGCUGAAGUACAGAGUUUAAAAAAAGCUAUGUCAUCACUCCAAAAUGACCGGGACCGGCUACUGAAGGAGUUAAAGAAUCUGCAGCAGCAAUAUUUACAGAUUAACCAAGAAAUCACUGAGUUACGUCCACUGAAGGCUCAACUUCAGGAGUAUCAAGAUAAGACAAAAACAUUUCAGAUUAUGCAAGAAGAGCUCAAGCAGGAAAAUGUCUCCUGGCAGCAUGAGCUGCAUCAGCUCAGGAUGGAGAAGAAUUCCUGGGAAAUGCAUGAGAGGAGAAUGAAGGAGCAAUACCUUAUGGCUAUCGCAGAUAAAGAUCAGCAGCUCAGCCAUCUGCAGAACCUUGUGAGGGAAUUGAGAUCUUCUUCCUCACAGACUGAGACCCACAAAGUGCAGUACCAAAGACAGGCAUCCCCAGAGACAUCAGUUUCCCUCAAUGGAUCACAAAACCUAGUUUAUGAGACAGAGCAUCUUAGGACUCAGCUCAAUGACAGCUUAAAAGAAAUUCACCAAAAGGAGUUAAGAAUUCAGCAACUGAACAGCAAGUUCUCUCAACUGCUGGAAGAGAAAAAUACCCUUUCUAUUCAGCUCUGUGACACCAGUCAGAGUCUCCGUGAGAACCAGCAGCACUACAGUGACCUUUUCAGUCACUGUGCAGUCCUGGAGAAGCAGGUUCAAGAGCUGCAAGCUGUGAGUGAAAAGGGGCCACUAAAUAUAGAUGUUGCUCCAGGAGCUCCCCAGGAAAAGAAUGGCGGUCACAGGAAAGGUGAUGCUGAAGAACUGAGCGAGCCACAGCUAAGCUUUUCCGAGGCCCAGAAACAGCUCUCCAACACUAAACAGGAGAUGAACGAAUUGAGAAAACUGCUGGAAGAAGAACGAGACCAAAGAGUGGCUGCUGAGGCUGCCCUCGCCACAGCCGAGGAGCAGAUCAGGCGGUUGGAGCAUGGUGAAUGGGACUCUGCCCGGUCUCCUAUCAUUGGCUCCUGCGGCUCCCAGGAGCAGGCGCUGUUAAUAGAUCUUACAAGCAGCAGUUGUCGGAGGACCCGGAGUGGUGCUGGCUGGAAGCGGGUCCUGCGUUCUCUCUGUCACUCCCGGACAAGGGUACCGCUGUUGGCAGCUGUCUACUUUCUGAUGGUUCAUGUCCUACUCGUUCUAUGUCUCACAGGCCAUCUAUAAGCCUAGUUCUCACCUUUUGGACCACUCCCCCAAGAACUUGGAACUUCCUCACCUCUAACAUCAAAACCAUCAAUUCCAGUGGUACAGUCUUCCCACUUACAGAUCCAAUUCUCCACAGAAAGUGCCUGUAAAAACAGAGGUGGAUAUGAGCACAGGUUAGAGCUGCAGGGGCCAGUGAUUCUGCUUUCUUCUAUUGCCCAAGGCCUGACACUUCUGCGUUGGUUAUUGAGCCCAAUAUUUGUUCAGGUUUUGCAGGGCCCUGAUAUUUUAUGGUCCUGUGAAAGAUGCUGAGGAAUGUCUUCCAGCCAGGAGGAUGGUUCCAAAUAAACCUAAUAAACGGAAGUCCAGUAUCAUUCUGAUUGAUACUUUCUUUCCCUCGUGUACCUUAUAAUUUUCUCCCACUUCGGAGGACGUGGACCUACCAUAAACAUGGCAGGGGGAAUGUUCCAGGGAACAUUACCUCAUAGGAUAUCUAAUUAGGUCCCUGGCAAAAUGGAGCAAGAGUGGAAGAACUCCCCAGGGGUGUUAGCUGUUGGAUCACAGAGGAGGACAGCAUCUCCUUCCCUGUCUGUUCAGACUUAAUUGGAGUGAGACUCAUGGUCCUGACUGUACAGUGAGGAUCCCACUGUUUAUCCCUUGAUCAUCACAUGUGUACUGAGAUGUGAAGUGGCCUGUGCCUUUCCUUUCACUGAAAGGCAAGAGAAGCUGGCUAUGGACGGUGGAAUUCAAUACUCAUCAUUCCUGUGUUAUCUGGAUAAGCCUCGAAUGUGAGCCCUAAGAUAGUACACUGGGAACCCCUGACAGUAUACUGGGAACCAGCCCUAGGUGAGGCGCUGAAUCCCAGCCAGGGAGAUUGGACUGGUGUGACAACCACCCCUAGCCUCCUGAAGUCCAAAGCUGCUUUGCAGUUGGUGACACUUAUUCCAGCUUCUCCACGUGUUGUCAUCUGCCCUUUGUGGUAACAGGGAGCUGAAGGAAAUAGAGGGAGACUAUAGAGAAGACAAAAUAUUUAAAUCCAAGCCUGAGAAUGACAGCCAGGUUUGAAUUCCGUUUGUGCCUAUUCCCCGGCCCCAACCCUUACCGACUGGUUAUUUUCUCAUUUUGCACAUGUCCCCUGCCUGCUCUCACUACCCAAAGAGGAGAGAGAACUGGUGGACACACUGAUCUGCUCUAAUCCUUUGUUCUUUGGUGACCAAAUCAUGGUCACAGCAACCCAGGAGCUUUCCUGAACAGGUGUAAAUUAAUAAAAUUAUUUUCAGAAUGAAA